GCCUCGAGAAUUGUCAAAGGUCUGUAUAUCAAAGCUCGAAUCUGUCACGAGAGUCAAACGAGUGCUGACGAAUACCAAACAUCGUUUGCAAUUUUUUUUUCUUUUGAUUCCAUUCUAAAUGUCAGAAGAGAAUGAAGCGUGUUACCGGUCGAAAUUUGAAACUCAUAGUAAUCACGUGUUGUUGCUUGUGUAUAACGAUAACAAAUUGUGAUGAAAAUUUGGUAAUUACAAGACGCAGUUUGUUCAAUUCGUAUCGUGAACCUGAACCUCCUUUAACCCUGGCUGAUCACCCUCAGAAAGUUGAGCAUGCACGAUCUUUCAAAAGCACUGAUGAUGCGAAAUCAUCAGACUCUAGUACGACAAAAGUUUCGAACUCACAACAAAAAAAUUCCACUGUCCAAAAUGUCGAAGUUAGUGAUAGCGGCGCUAAAUCGAAAGAUAAUCGAAAGAUAACCUUACAAACUGAUCAAGGCAAGAAGGAGGCAAAUCCUGAUUUGAACGUCACCACCCCACAAACUAAAAUACAGUCUCAAAGGCCUGGCCCGAAUAUGUCUGUGAACACAGGUGCGUUGUGGCGUGGCAUUUCUGUUUUCAUGGGCCUCAGUGUACUCGUGAUCGCCUAUAUCGUCCUCCGUUGCGUGAGGUUGAACAAAAAUCGUACUCAAAUGGUCCGGAAGUACGGUGUCCUCGCGCACAGGCAAGAUGUUGAAAUGCGGCCGUUGCCAUUGGAUGACGAAGACGAAGAUGACACGACUGUAUUCGAUGCCAGCGAAAUAGGGAUCCAUGACAAACAUCGGCAAACUGCGUAGUCACAGAACUGGUCUCGAUUUGCAACUAAUUCCAUGAAUCAGGUAUGCAAGAUGAGGCAAAUUGUAUUUGCUUUGUACGUUAAGAAAUCUUAUAUGUACGAUUGAUACCAUAUGCAUGAGGCUGAAUGGGUGUUGCAUUAGUGAUUAACGUUAAACCAAGCCGUGCAAUAUCAAGACGUAUUUCAUUCCCCUUGCGUGGAAUGUGCCAUCACAAAUCUAUUGUGAAUAUACUGUUCACAAUCAACAAUGCUCUGUAAACACGAGUGUAACUACAUGACUAUAUUUGCCUAUCAUCAUUUUUGAGCUUAUUUUUUGUACAAGUUAUGAUAGACACAAAAUUUUGUUAUUAAUGUUAUGUGUAAAUAUAUAUAUAUAUAUUUUUUGGCAAUGCAUUGAUGAUUACCAGCACAUUUUAUUCGGUUAAAUAUUCAAUAUAUUAUAAUAAAUAUAAAAUUUUCAUUUAAACCGAAUAAAAAUAUCGUAAUCGUUUGUAAUUUAUGAUUAAACCUGUGAUCAGAUUCCAAAUUUAUCUGCGCUCAUACAUGUCUUCAAAACAUGUGGUAAAUGAGUCGUGUUGAUAUCUAAAGUUUCAAAGAUGAAUAUUAUAGUUGAGUACAGAAUGUCUAUAUUUUAUUUAACAAUAAGGAUUUAUAAUAAAAAUGAUGUAUGAAAGAUAAA